AUGAGAGGCCUGCAGGCCGAUGAUGCUUCUCCUCAAGCAGGCUCAAAUGAGCCACCGUUACCGUCGAAACCCACGGAGCCCACCCUGCCGGAGAAAGCUUCUGAUGCUCGACACUCUGGGCUCGAUUUUCUUAGAACUAGCGAUGCUCCAUCGGAUGUGACGGACAUUUCCAAGACCAUUGAGUCCACCACGACGGAUCUGGCGGAGCGGUACCUGGUGAACGGCAAGCCGUUUGAUGGCGAGACCAAGAGCUGGGUGGUCUGCUUUCUGCAGCUGCACGGGCAAGGCGGAGGCAAGAAGGUCCGGGUGCAAUGCGUGGACGGGGAGGGACGCCCAAUCAACCACCUCUACACCUUGCACGAGAGGCAGCUCCCGGGGAACAAGUACGGAAGCACCUACGCUGAGUGUGUGAAUCUGUGCCGCAGGUUCGCCUGCGAUUGCGUGGACAACCUCAACGAGCGUCUGGAUGACCUGGGGAAGCUCAGGCCGACGAAGCUGUUUCAGGCGGGGAAGUGGCCGAAUAUCAAGGCUCAACGGGAGCGGAAGUGCCGUGAGUGGCUUCUGGGAUGCAGCAAGCUUUUCCGCAACAAGCUUUUCCGCAACAAGCUGCCGGGAUUCGACCUCAAGGCCGCAGAAAGGGAGCUCCCGACAUUGUGUGCGAUAAUGGAGACGCACCACAAGCUAGAGAGCUUAGCGCAGGGUCUGACCAACUUUCUCGGGAGCGCAGACUCGAAGAGGCGCCUUGCGAAGAGCGCGAAGCUGGUCGUGGCAGAGCGUGACAGGAAGGGGAAAGAGAAGGAGGGUGAAGACGAGGCUGCUGGAACUGCUAGGCAGAACGAGGAGGAGGAGGGGGAGGAGGAGGAGGAGGAGGAGGAGGAGGAGGAGAAGGAGGAGGAGGAGGAGGAGGAGGAGGAGGAGGAGGAGGAGGAGGAGGAGGAGGAGGAGGAGGAGGAGGAGGAGGAGGAGGAGGAUGUGGAACAGGACCGGGGCGACAAUCAAGAGCUCGUGGGGGAUGAGGAGGAGGAGGACAACCCCUUCUUCUUGGACGAUGAGGAUGUGGAGGAGGUGUUCUACAUUGACAAGCUCGUGCACUAG